CCAAUACCGGCUAGCCGACAUCAGUCUUGCGCAUUGUGGACCAUCUCAGGUAGAAGAUGGCCGCAGGUGUUCUCCGGACAGUUUUGAAGAAAUCCGGGGCCUUCGCCCCGGAUGCAAAGAUCCUCCUGCAAAAUUCCGGGGCCCUGAGUGUCUACAAUCCCCAGAGGAAUGCCCACUGGUACCCAGAUGAGGAUUACGUGAAGCAGUUCGUGGGGCCUCUCAUGGUGCCCAAUGAUGGUGUCAAAUGGAAAUACAUGCCACCCUCCGACAAGCCACCGCGAAUCGAGAGAAAUGUUGAGAAUACGAAAAUAAAUUUUGGACCUCAGCAUCCAGCUGCUCAUGGAGUACUUCGUCUGGUGCUGGAGCUCGAGGGAGAGUUAGUCAAAAAUGCUGAUCCACAUGUUGGACUUCUUCAUCGUGGCACCGAGAAGCUCAUCGAGUACAAGACGUACAUGCAGGCACUUCCAUACUUCGACAGGCUCGAUUAUGUUUCCAUGAUGUGUAAUGAGCAGUGUUUCUCCAUGGCCAUUGAAAAAUUGUUGAACAUUGAGGUGCCACUUCGUGCUAAAUACAUCAGGACUUUAUUCGCUGAGAUCACACGAAUUCUGAAUCACAUAAUGGGAAUUGGCACUCACGCCCUGGAUAUUGGAGCUAUGACACCGUUCUUCUGGCUUUUCGAGGAACGUGAGAAGCUCAUGGAGUUCUACGAACGCGUGAGUGGAGCUCGAAUGCACGCAGCGUACGUUCGUCCUGGUGGAGUCUCCCAAGAUCUCCCUCUGGGUCUAAUGGACGACAUUCAUCAGUGGGCUAGCCAGUACGCAGCCCAGAUCGACCAGGUCGAGGAUCUUCUUACCAGAAACACCAUCUGGAGGAGCAGAACUAUGAACGUGGGUACUGUCACUGCACAGCAGGCCCUCGAUUGGGGAUUCAGUGGUGUUAUGCUACGAGGAUCUGGGUACAAGUGGGACAUCAGGAAGACAGCACCCUACGAUGCUUAUGAUCUUGUUGACUUCGACGUGCCGAUUGGUAUUGCGGGAGAUUGUUACGACAGGUACUUGUGUCGUGUCGAAGAGAUGCGGCAGUCCCUCAGAAUAAUCGAGCAGUGUCUGAAUCAAAUGCCAGCCGGUGAAAUCAAGGUGGACGACAACAAAAUCGUGCCCCCCAGUCGUCAGGAGAUGAAGACAAGUAUGGAAGCAUUGAUCCAUCACUUCAAACUCUUCAGCCAGGGCUUCCAAGUGCCACCUGGUGCCACCUACACAGCUAUCGAGGCCCCCAAGGGUGAAUUUGGUGUUUACUUGGUGAGUGAUGGCAGCAGCAAGCCCUAUCGUUGUAAAAUCAAGGCACCCGGUUUCGCCCACUUGGCAGCACUCCAGGAAAUCGGCCCUCGACAUUUCCUCGCUGAUAUCGUCGCUAUCAUCGGUACCAUGGACAUUGUCUUCGGGGAGAUAGAUCGAUAAAUCCACUUCUAUAGAUGUUUUGGAGGUAACUUGAUCGACUAUUCAUUUGUAUAUUAUAGAUUGAGUAAAUUAUAGAAAUAAAGUAUCAAGAAAAUUCUGUGAAUAAAA